CGUAUUUGCAGGACGAGUGUCCGAAGAGAGGGAGAGGAAGAAGCGGAGGACAGAACGAAGAGCGUCGGAAGAGAGAGGGAGAGGAAGAAGACGAGGAGUUUCAGAGAGAGGGAGAGGUGGCGUCGCGGCACGGGACUGAGACUGAGACUGAUGCUAGCUCGAGACUGAUCUUAUUUCAUAAGUAAUGUUCAGAAAAAUGAGCGAAUAACGUUCUUUCAGGUCUAUUCCUACUUUUCCAUAAGAUUGAACCAACAAAGAAGAUCGCACUUUCUGGUAAUUGAGAUCCUCGUAGGGAGAGGGAGAGGGAGAGGUGGCGCUUUUGUCGUGGGAGAGGGAGAGGGAGAGGUGGCGCUUUUGUCUCGGCAAAGUCGAAAGAUCGCACUUUCUGGUAAUUGAGAUCCUCGUAGGGAGAGGGAGAGGGAGAGGGAGAGGUGGCGCUUUUGUCGCGGGAGAGGGAGAGGGAGAGGCGGCGCUUUUGUCUCGGCAAAGUCGAGAAGAAGAGGUAGAGUUUCAGAGAGGGAGAGGGAGAGGUGGCGCUUUUGUCACUGCAAAGUCAAUAUGGCUGACAAUGUGAAGCAGUUAUUGGUAAAGCCCAUACAAUUAGCGGAUCUCGUUUCGAAGGCGGCCGAGGACACACAAACGUGCAAGCAGGACUGCCAUGAGCUGAAGGCGAAGACCGAGAAGCUCGCCGCCCUCCUCCGGCAGGCGGCAAGGGCCAGUGCGGAUCUCUACGAGCGCCCCACCCGCCGCAUCAUCGACGACACUGAGCAGGUGCUGGAGAAGGCCUAUGCCCUUGUCUGUAAAUGCAAGGGCAACGGCCUGGUCAAGAGGGUCUUCACCAUCAUACCGGCUGCUGCCUUCAAAAAGAUGUUUGCUCUGCUUGAGAACUCGAUUGGGGAUGUGUCGUGGCUCUUGCGGGUCUCGGCGAGUGGCGAGGAUAGAGGUGAUCUGGGGCUCCCUCCUAUUGCGCAGAACGAGCCAAUUCUCUGCCUUAUUUGGGAGCAAAUCGCUACUUUGUUCACUGGAUCGUUGGAGGAGAAGGCAGACGCCGCCGCAUCUCUGGUAUCUUUGGCUCGGGAUAAUGAUCGCUAUGGGAAGCUUAUUAUUGAGGAGGGGGGGGUUCCCCCUCUUCUGAAAUUGUUGAAGGAGGGGAAAAUUGAAGGCCAAGAGAGCGCAGCUCUGGCGAUUGGACUGUUGGGGCGAGAUCCGGAGAGUGUCGAUCACAUGAUACAUGCCGGCGUGUGCUCAGCUUUCGCCAAGCUUCUGAAAGAUGGGCCUAUGAAGGUCCAAGCUGUGGUGGCCUGGGCGGUCUCUGAGCUUGCCGCCAAUCAACCUAAGUGCCAGGACCAUUUCGCCCAAAACAAUACAAUUAGGUUGUUGGUGAGCCACCUCGCCUUUGAGACAGUGCAAGAGCAUAGCAAAUACACGGUUGCGGCACCGCAGAGGGUGGGAGGCAUGUCGAUUCACUCGGUGGUCAUGGCGAAUAAGGUUGUCAAUGCACAUGAGGACCACGGGGAUCAUCACCAUGACCGUGGCCAUAGUAUUGGAAACCACACCCCAGUUCAUCCGUCCUCUAGUCAGUCUCGAAUGCAUGCUCUUGUGUCUAGCACCACCAAAACGCAUCACCAGAACUCGUCAUCUUCAUCUUCGUUAACCUCGUCGAAUGGGAAACAGGGGUUGUCGCUGUCAGGUGUGAGCUUAAAGGGGAGAGAGUAUGAGGACCCAGCGACUAAGGCUUCUAUGAAGGCCAUGGCUGCCAAGGCCUUGUCGAAAUUGGCCAAAGGGAAUGUGGUCAUUUGUCGAAGUAUAACUGAAUCGAAAGCCUUGCUCUGUUUUGCUGUUUUGCUCGAAAAGGGCCCUGAUGAGGUUCAGAAAAAUUCGGCUAUGGCUUUAAUGGAGAUAGCUUCGGUUGCAGAGCAAGAUGCCGAGCUUAGGCGGUCGGCCUUCAAACCCAAUUCACCAGCCGCCAAGGCAGUGGUUGAUCAAUUACUAAGAGUGGUUGAGCAAGCUGAUUCCAAUCUAUUGGUCCCAUGUAUCAUUGCCAUAGGUUGCUUGGCUAGAACAUUUCAAGCUCGAGAAACCAGGGUCAUUGGUCCUCUGGUUACGCUUUUAGAUGAUAGAGAAGAGAAAAUCAUGAGAGAGGCAGCCAUUGCGUUGACCAAGUUCGCUUGCACGGAGAAUUAUCUCCAUGUCGAUCACUCUAAAGCCAUUAUAGCAGCAGGUGGAGCCAAGCAUUUGGUUCAAUUGGUGUAUUUUGAAUCCAUGGUUCAAACCCCAUCUCUUGUUUUGCUCUGUUACAUUGCUCUCAAUGUCCCUGACAGUGAGGCUCUUGCUCAAGCAGAGGUUUUGACUGUGCUAGAACGGGCUUCAAAACAGGGGCCCAGGGUUCAGGACCCAAUACUGGAUGAGCUUUUACCCGAAGCUAAAGGAAGGCUUGAGUUGUACCAGUCA